AUGGCUGCGUCAGAGGGAGGCGAGCGCCUGGGAACCCGGAGGCCUGGAUCCGGGCCGAGAGUGGAACGGAGUCGGCGCCGCUGCCCCGGCCGUGCCUCCUGCCGCCCGCCGGGUCCCCCGACCUCUUCGUGCCUUCGCCCUGCGCUCCGAGCUCACUCGCUCCCCCGGCGCCCGCUGAGGCUGCUCUCCUCCUCUUUCGCCUCCUCCUCUUCCUCCGGUUUCCUCUCCUCCUCCUCUUCCUCCUUCUUCUCCUCCUCCUCUUCUUCCUCCUCCUCUUUCCCCACCUCCUCCCCCUCAGCCACCGCCUCCUCCUCCACCACCACCACCACUCCCUCCGGGGCACCCCGGUCCCUGCAGAGUCCCCGGCCCGCGCCGCCUCCGCUGCAGCCCCCUGGAUUCCGAGCCUGCUGCGCUGGAGCUUGUAGGACAGACAGACAAGCAGAUUCCUCGCGCCCAGCGCUCCGCCGCUGCUGCACCCCGCGGCUCCGCGUCUGGGGAGCUGGGAUCGCCCCGGGAGCACGGCGAGGCAAUACAGACACACAGCUGGGAUGGUGCCAACACAUAAAAGAUCUCUUGGGCAACACCGGCCGCUGGUCCUCUAGCCUCUUACUUGUGAAAACAAAAUUGGUAGAGCCCCUUGCUUUGCCAGGUGGCUUCAGGGCCCAGUGACUCCGUCGUACCCAUGUCACAGCACGGGAGAAGUCUCAGGUGGGAGCAAGGAUGACGCAAGGUCACGGUCCCAGCUCUGCAAGCAGGCAAAUGGCUCAACCUCCUCCUAGGCCUCAGUUUCUCGGUCUCUAAAAUGGAAUAGUAAGAGUUACUCUUGUUCUUCCUGAGAUGAAUGAUCCUGAAGGUCAGCUGAGGAGGUGGGUGGACAAGUGAAGACAAGGCCCUUGGAAAUACAAGCCGAUGCUGGACACUUGCAGAGAUGGGUCUGCCUGCUGCUGCCCCUUUCCACCUCCCCUUCGUGCCUGGCCCCCCAAGGCCUUCCCUGCCCACUGUGGGAGGGUUCCUAGUGUGCUGAAUGCGAAUCCCUGGCCCGGUCCCCACUCCUGGGCUGCAGGGGUCCAGCAGGGCCCAGAGACACCUGCACAAGGCAUGUGGACCAGCUGACACCAGCAGGGGCUGAGCAGCCAGUCACCACUGAGGCACAGGCCUCCCCCUGGGGCUUAGGAAACCCCUGCCUUGGCAUGUGCACCUCCUAGUCGCCAGUGCCUGGAGUCUGGGGUGAUCUGCAAGCUGACAGGUGGCUGCUGGUGGCGUCUUCUGGGCAUUUGGGGCUCCUUUGGCUAAGAGGCUAUGCUGUGGCCCUGUGGGCCCCUCAGAAGGACGGAGGGACUCUGCUGAGCACCAGGAACCUGGGCAUCAGGAGAGCCAGCUCCUUCUGGUCCUCACAUGCUGUCAACCGUGGGCAGGUCACCCCCGCCCCCACGGGCAAAUUUGUCAGAUGUGUGUUGGUUUUAUUAUAAAAGCCUCCAUGACCCUAAAAAACCAUGACAAAAAAUAAAAAGUCAAAAUGAAGUCGAAAUCUACAAAAAUUAUCCAAACAAAAACAAAUAGUCCAUCUGCUUCUUAAAGAGACAUGGAGCCAGGCAUGUUGGCACAUGCCUACUCCUAGCAGCUCAGGAGGCUGAGGCAAGGGGGUUACAAGUUCAAAGCCAGCCUCAGUAACUUACCAAGGCCCUAAGUAACUUAGUGAGAACUGUCUCAAAAAAAAAAAAAAAAGAUCUGGGGAUGUGGCUCAGUGGUUAAGCCCCUUGGGUUCAAUCACUGGUACCAAAGAGAGAGAGAAAGAGAGAGAGAUUGGGGCUGCAAAGAUUCAUUACUCUCUGGUUUUACUUGUCAAUAUCUCUCAGACUUUCCCUCCACCAGAGCAUAGUUCUGGCUCAUUCUUUCAACAGCCUGGUACCACCGGGCUCUGCCAGAUCAUCUGGUGAGUCCCCACAGGGUCAAUUCCCUGGGAUGAAAUCAUUGUAUCAAAAGUCUUUCUCCAAGUCCUAAAUAUGUUGACUCUUAUUCCUUUUUAAAAUGAACAGAGGUAAGUAAAAUAACAUUUUGCUGUUCAAUAUUUCAAUUGACUAUUAGCGUGUUUAGUGAUGAUUUGUAUUUCUUCUUGUGUAAGAAACUUGCUUGUAUCUUUCCAAUACUUCUGUUGAAACGAUCUCUUUCUGUUUUUUAUUGUUUGUUUGUGGUACUGGGGAUCAAACCCAGGGCCUCAUGCAUAUGAUGGUCUUUUUCUUGUCUUAGAACAGCACUUUAUAUAGCAAAGACCCUCAUCUACUACUUGUAUUUCCUCCCUGAUUUAUCCUUUGAUUAUAAUGUGUGUUUCCUUGACCAAAUAUUUAAAUAUUUUUGUAGGCAGAAUUGUUAACUUUUCCCUUAUGAAUUCUGAGUUUCGUCUUUUUUCAAGAAAGGAUUUUCUCAUCCUCAAGAUUAUGAAAUUAUUAUUCUUUAGCCUCCUUUAUAACUUUUAUAAUUUUUAACAAUGUAUCUUUGAUACAUUUGGCAUUUUUUUUCUGUAAAUGUGGCAUGAAGUAAAAACAAAACAACAAAACUUUUGCUUCCCCCUCCAAAUGAGUAAUCAAUUAUUUCAAAGCCAUUUAUGGAACAAUUGAGCCUUUCUCCAUGGACAGGAAAUUCAAUCUUUAUCAAAGUCUAGGUAUCCAUAUUUUAUUCCAUGAGUUUAUUCUAUUCUGCAUUCUAUUUUAUUCAUUAUUUGUUUGGUAUUCCUAGAUUAUCUCUGCUUAAUUACUCUCACUUGGUAAUAUCUUUUAAAAUUCAAUAGAGCAAGCUUCCUCUUGGUUUUUCUUUUUUCAGAAAAAUUGUUUUUAUGUAUCUAUUCUGAAAUAAUGUUUAGAAUCCAUUUGCCAGCUAUUUUAAUCAGAAACUUCCCUGAAAUUGUCUAAAAUUUAUAAACAAACUUGGGAGAGAAUCGAAACCUUCACAAUAUUUAGUUAUCCAAAACAGAAACAGUAAUUUAUUUAGAGUUUCUUUGAUAUGUUUCAUUAUUUGAUACUAAAUAGUCUUAGAUGGAUCUUGUAUGAAUGAGUCAUUAUAUUUUCAGUUUUGUGGAUGAUUUAGCCUUUGGUUUUGCUAUCCAGAAUGGACUAAUUUUCCAUUUUGUAUUUAUAAAUUAUUAUUAUUGUAUGAGAAAACCAUUUAGGUUGUGUCUAGGAAUCCUUGUGAGCUCUCUUGUGAGCACUAAGUAACUGGUGCAUCUCUUAGAUUUUCCAUUUUAACUGAUUUACUUGUUACCAACGUAAAGCAUGUCUCGGGUAGAAAAUGAAAACAUCCAGAAGGAAAGAAAGGAAGAGUAUUUAUAAAACCUACUCUUCACAGUCACUUAACAUUCAUUUUUGUCCUUCAUUAAAAUACGUAUACAUACACAUAUAUACUAUAAAAAGUAUAGGACUGGGGAGAUAGCUCAGUCGGUAAAGUGCUUGCCUUGCAUGCACAAGGCCCUGGGUUUGA